AUGAAAUUUACCACCACUAAUCAUAUACUGGGUUUACUAUUUUGUGUUACUGUCUUAGUAUCAACCUUAUUUAAGGUGGCAAAGGCCACUGAAGACACCGUUGUUACUAAUACAGAUAGAGAUAUUAAGAACAUGUUUUCAUUUAUGUCAUUGAAUUCUAAAGUAUACAAUGAUUUGGAUCAUAUCUCUUCAGUCAGCGAUUUGUACACCGUAGCCAAUCCUGAAGAACCAUUAAUUGUUUUACAAUUUGAUAGUUAUCCUUUGUAUUAUAACUUUGAAGCGGGUUAUUAUAAUAAUGAUUACGGGUUUUUAAGUGAUUUCUUUGAUAGAGAAAUUACCACCGUUUUAGAAGCCGAUGCUGAUAACAAUGAUGACUUUAGCGAUUCUGUGUCCCUUUUUUCCGUUGGGGAUACUCUAGAUAUUUCAUUUACUUCCUUUCAAUUAUUUAAAAAUGAAAACGAAACUAGUGUUGCUAUUUUUAAAUUUACUGGUGAUUAUUAUAACCUAGAUUCUUUAGCCGAUUACUUGAAUCAAUUGUAUGAGGCUUUAGAAUAUAAAUACAGCAACAUCGACAAUAUUGUCAUCCAAUCAGCUAAACAUCACAAGAAUAAUAUUAAGGAAACUACCCUUUUUGUAAGCGAGGAUAACGACAUCAUUGAUCAUGCUGAUACUUCCAAAAUUGUAGAUGAUAGUUUAAGCCAAAUUUGGACUGAAGGGUUAUUGAUGUGUUUGAUAGUUAGCUUCAUUUUAAUUUUAGUUUUAAUUUUUGCUAUCCAAUGGACAAGUUCCAUCACUAUCUCAUACGGUGCAUUACAAAAAUCUAAUAAUCCAUUAAAAAAGGUAAAUUAG